CGUAACCACAGUCCACAAUAUUCUUCUCGUGUCCAGUCCUGUAUAUUAUCUUAGGGCCCGUUAUACAAUCAUAGUUUAAACCUCAGUUACGCCUAACCCACUGAUUUUACCAGCCGAAUUCGGUGGUUUAACCUUAGUUUAACGAUUGUAAAACGGGCCCUAAGAUAUACAGGACUGGACACGAGAUAAAUGUUGUGGUUACGAAAUGUAGUACCACAGGCGGAGUUAGGGGGGAUAUUUUCCUUUUAGCAUUACUAGCGCCGCCUUAGUGGAUACUUAUGGAACUAGAACACAUCAUACAAAUUUCUGGUUCCGCGGUCUUAGAUUAUAUUAUCACAUAAUAAUAAUUUAUUCCGUGAUAAUAAUAUAUUAAUGUCAAGAAACUUUAUGUAAUAAAAUUCAUAAGCGUAACCGGAUAGUACAGAUCUAUAGUAUUUGGCGUAACUAACUACAAGGAAACAAGCAAUUACAAGUUACAACAUAUUUUAUAUUUUGAAAUAGCAAUGGGUCUAGACAACGAAAACCCAACAUUAUUUGAAAAAAGCGAAGAGAGGACUGUAAGUGAAAAAGAUUUGGAUGACAAUGAAGCUGAAGAGUUUGAUUCAAGGGAAAUCUUUGAUUUGAUUAGAGGAAUAACAGAUCCAGAACAUCCACUGUCCCUUGAAGAACUAAGAGUUGUUGAUCAAAGUUUAAUUGAGGUUGAAGAUAGUAUCAAUACAGUUAAGGUAUUAUUUACACCAACUAUCCCUCAUUGUAGUAUGGCUACAUUAAUUGGAUUAUCUAUUAAAGUUCGACUUUUAUGGUGUCUACCUCCACGCUUUAAAAUAUCUGUUACCAUAACACCAGGUACUCAUGCAUCCGAACACGCUAUCAAUAAGCAAUUAGAUGAUAAAGAAAGAGUGGCUGCAGCUUUGGAGAAUACACAUCUAUCAACUGUUUUAAAUAAAUGCAUAGCUACUGCAUAGGUAAUCACGAUUUUAAUCCAAACAUUUAUAUUUGUUCUAAAGGAUAUAUAUUAUAUAUAUAAAUAUAGUCAUUAAUACAUUUUUAAAUUUUAAUAGUAUAUAAAUAUACACAAAAACAAACAUUUACUAUACUACCACAA